CGUUACCUUGCCGGCCCAAGCCAGUUUUCAAGGACACGCCGCGGAGAAAAACCAAUGGCAAGCGAUAUCGAAAUUGCCCGUGCAGCCAAGAUGAAACCGAUCCAGGAGAUCGGUGACCGGUUGAACAUACCCGAUGAAUCCCUCCUGCCCUACGGCCGGACAAAAGCAAAGAUUUCGGCGGAGUUCAUCGAGGGCCUUGGUGGGCGCGAAAACGGCAAAUUGAUUCUCGUCACCGCGAUCAAUCCGACACCUGCCGGCGAAGGCAAGACCACGACGACUGUGGGUCUCGGCGAUGGUCUCAACAAGAUUGGCAAGAACGCCAUGAUCUGCCUGCGCGAACCGUCCCUGGGACCGUGCUUCGGCAUGAAAGGCGGCGCAGCCGGCGGUGGCUAUGCGCAGGUCGUCCCCAUGGAAGACAUCAACCUGCAUUUCACGGGUGAUUUCCAUGCCAUCACAUCUGCACACAACCUCCUCUCCGCCCUGAUCGAGAAUCACAUCUACUGGGGCAACGAACUCGGCAUCGAUCAGCGCCGCGUUGUCUGGCGCCGCGUGCUCGACAUGAACGACCGUGCGCUUCGUUCGAUCGUCUGCUCGCUCGGUGGUGUCGCCAACGGCUUCCCGCGUGAGGGCGGUUUCGACAUCACGGUUGCUUCCGAGAUCAUGGCAAUCCUCUGCCUGGCAACAGAUCUGGAAGACCUGCAGACACGUCUUGGUGACAUUAUCGUCGCCUACCGCCGCGACCGCUCGCCGAUCCGCGCACGUGACCUGGAAGCCGACGGUGCAAUGACCGUGCUUUUGAAGGAAGCGCUGCAGCCGAACCUGGUCCAGACGCUGGAAAACAAUCCGGCCUUUAUCCACGGUGGUCCGUUCGCCAACAUCGCCCAUGGCUGCAACUCGGUCGUUGCGACCCAGUCAGCCCUCAAACUUGCAGACUACGUGGUCACGGAAGCCGGUUUCGGCGCUGACCUCGGUGCCGAGAAGUUCUUUGACAUCAAGUGCCGCAAGGCCGGCCUUUCACCUGAUGCAGUCGUGAUCGUCGCCACGAUCAAGGCACUGAAGAUGAACGGUGGUAUCGCCAAGGAAGAUCUUGGAACGGAAAACGUCGAUGCAGUCGCCAAGGGCUGUGCCAACCUUGGCCGCCAUAUCGAGAACGUCAAGCAGUUCGGCGUUCCGGCGGUCGUUGCCAUCAACCACUUCACUGCAGACACGGAAGCUGAAGUCCAGGCCGUCAAGGACUACUGCGCCGAUCUCGGCGUCGAUGCGAUCCUGGCAACGCACUGGGCCAACGGCUCUGCAGGCACGGAAGAGCUGGCGGUAAGGGUUGCAGAACUUGCUGAAAGCGGUGCAGCCCAGUUUGCUCCGCUUUACGAGGACGGACUUUCCCUGUUUGAAAAGAUCGAGACCGUGGCAAAACGGAUCUACCGGGCGGACGAGGUUCUUGCGGACAAGUCAGUGCGGGAUCAGCUCAAGCGCUGGGAAGCUGAUGGCUUCGGCGAUUUGCCGGUGUGCAUGGCCAAGACGCAAUAUUCAUUCUCCACCGAUCCGCAGCUUCGCGGCGCACCGACCGGCCACAGCCUGCCGGUCCGCGAAGUUCGGCUGUCGGCAGGCGCCGGUUUCAUUGUCGCGAUCUGCGGUGAAAUCAUGACCAUGCCCGGCCUUCCGCGCGUGCCGUCAGCGAACCAUAUCCGGCUGGAUGACAACGGCCAGAUCGAAGGCCUGUUCUGA